GUCAGCAGGUCGAGGGGAAGCUUGGUGGUCGUGGUGUUGUUUGGAUACAACCAGGGCUCCGUGUCUUGGUGUUUAGUUGUUUUGUUUUUUUUUAGUCCGGAGAGUAAUUUUAAACUAGAAACCAUAACCACCACUUUGUGCGAAUGAGGGGCGAAGAGUCGUCGGAUUCCGAGUCGGGGAGGAUGGAGGAGAGUUCAGUCCGGAGGAGUUUGGAGGCGUUGUGUCAGGAAUUAAACAUGGACGAGGAGACUGCCACUGAAGCCAUGGACAACUUCACAGCCAUAUGGAAUACCUACACACUGGAGGGAGAGGUGGUUCACUGGUUGGCCUGUUCGCUGUAUGCAGCCUGCAGGAAGGGCUCCACUCCCACAGUGGGUAAAGGCCUGAUGGAGGGAAACUGUGUCUCACUCACCAGGAUCCUUCGCUCGUCCAAACUCAGUUUAAUCCAGUUCUUCUCUAAGAUGAGCAAGUGGGCCGACAUGUCCAACCUGCCGCAGGACUUCAGGCUGCGCAUGGAGCGGCUGGAGCGCAACUUUGAAGUCUCCACCGUGAUCUUCCGCAAGUUUGAGCCCAUCUUCAUGGACAUGUUUCAGAAUCCGCAGGGAGGCGAGCCGCCGAGGCAGCCACGCAGCCGGAAACACAGGAGGCUGCCCUGUCACAUCAGCGAUGUGUUCAAGUUUUGCUGGACUCUGUUCGUCUACACCAAAGGGAACUUCCGUAUGAUCGGAGAUGACCUAGUGAACUCUUACCACCUGCUGCUCUGCUGUCUGGACCUGGUGUUUGGCAACGCGCUGCUCUGUGCCAACAGGAAGGAUCUCAUCAACCCCACGUUCAGAGGCCUGCCGGCUCUGUACCGCGUCGACGGCCAUGUCUCCCCAGACGAGCCUCCCCCCUGUGUGUUGGACAGACUCUGUGAGCUGCACGACGGUUUGGUGGUGGAGGCGAAAGGCAUCAAACAGCACUACUUCAAACCCUACAUACAGAAACUGUUCCAUAAACAUAUCCUAAAAGGCAACGAGGAGUUUCUGACGGAGAUGUUGGAUCCUCAGAACUUCAUCGACAACAAUAAAGCCAUAAACAGGGAGUACGAGGAGUACGUGUUGACGGUGGGAGACUUCGAUGAGCGCGUGUUUCUGGGAGCCGACGCCGAUGAGGAAAUCGGGACCCCCAGGAAGGUGGUUCAGGAGCCGUCGGCCAGUCAGACGAGCGCUCGCAACCAGCUGCAGCAGCACGUGGAGAAGUCGGGCUCUCUGGCCCCGUCCACCCCCCUGACAGGACGAGUCUACCUGAAGGAGAAGGACCUGCUCGUCACACCCGUCUCCUCGGCAACGCAGAGUGUCAGCCGGCUGCAGAGCAUGGUGGCCGGUUUGAGGACGGCCCCCAGCGACCACCUGAUGCAGAUCUUCAAGUCCUGCUCCAGAGAUCCCACAGACGCCAUCUUGGCCCGAGUAAAGACAUUGGGACAAACCUUCAAAGAACAUUACACGAAGGAUUCUGAGGACACGCCCGGCUCUCACAUAGACUUUGCAGAGAACCGUCUGAAGUUGGCCGAGAUCCUCUACUACAAGAUCCUGGAGAACGUCAUGGUUCAGGAGACCAAACGACUGCACGGCAAAGACAUGAGCGUUUUGCUGGAGCAGGACAUCUUCCAUUGCUCCCUGAUGGCGUGUUGUUUGGAGGUGGUGUUGUUCUCCUACAGCUCCCAGAGGACUUUCCCCUGGAUCAUCAACGUCUUCAAACUGGCCCCAUUCUACUUCUUUAAGGUGAUCGAGGUGUUUAUCCGCUCGGAGGAAGGUCUGUCCAGAGACAUGGUGAAGCACCUGAACUCUAUCGAGGAGCAGGUUCUUGAGAGCAGAGCGUGGACGUCAAACUCUGCCCUGUGGACGGCCCUGCAGGCUGCUGAGAACAAGGUCCCCACGGUGGAGGAGGUGAAUUUUUCCUCCAGUCUUGAUUCGGGUUCAGGUUCAGGUUCUGGUUCUGGUGGCACCACUGGAGUUCAGCCUCAUCUGCCUCUGUUGACCCUUUCCCCCAUCAUCCACCCCCGUAUCAGGGAGUUCAGGUCAGGCCUGGGCAGCGCCCGUAAAGAUGUGCCUCCCUCUCCGCUGACGGUCCACGACAGAUACAGCUCUCCUGCGGCCGGCAGCGCCAAACGUCGUCUCUUUGGUGACGAUCCCCCGGCUCCGGUGACGAGCCUGACCCUCAGUGGGAGCCCGAUGUCGUCUCCAGCCAAGAGGCUAACGUUUGGCUCGGGCACCACCCUGAAGAUCGGAGGCCAGGGAACUCAGACCGCCGUCCUGAGUAUCCCACUAGUCACUGCUCAGAUCCUGCUGACCACCUCCCCCAGCCGUCCCACCAUCGCCCCGACCGCCGAACCCCAGACAGGAAACGCGCGGCCGCGGCGCACCGGCUCACUGGCCCUGUUCUUCAGGAAGGUUUAUCACCUGGCCAGCGUCCGUCUGAGGGAUUUGUGCGUGAAGUUGGACAUCUCGUCGGAGCUGCGAGGGAAAAUUUGGACGUGCUUCGAGCACUCUCUGGUCCACUGCACCAGUCUGAUGAAAGACAGACACCUGGACCAGCUGCUGCUGUGCAGCAUCUACAUCAUAUCUAAAAUCACCAAAGAGACACACACCUUCCAGGACAUCAUGAAGUGUUACCGCAGUCAGCCACAGGCCAGCAGCCAUGUUUACCGCAGCGUCUUGAUCCGUCACACACCCAGAGAGUUGGUGGCUGAUGAAAACAUGGAGGUGGAUUCUGUUUCAGGUGGAGAAUCUGCGGAGAAAACCAAUCAUCUCCCUGGAGACUCGACCUCCGACCAAUCAGGAGAGGAGGAACGCGGCGACCUCAUCCAGUUCUACAACUCGUUGUUUGUCCUGAAGAUGAAGAGCUUCGUGCUGCGAUACGCUACCCACGAUAACCGGGCCGACGCUCCUCCUCUGUCUCCGUUCCCGUCGGUCCGGGCUCAGCCUCUGUCUCCUCGCCGGGUCUCACAGAGACACUCGCUGUACGUCUCCCCUCACAAGAACUCGGCGGGCUGCCUCACCCCGAACUCCUACACCUACAGGAUCAACAGCAGCCCGUCCAAGGAGUUAUCAGACAUCAACCGGAUGAUCCGACAAGGCUGCGUGAGCAGGAAGAGGGCCUUCACCAUGGAGGGAGAUGUGAUGAUGUCAUCAGCGUGCGACUCCCCCAGCAAGAGGGCGUGUCCAGAGAACGGCAGCAGUCCAGAUGUGCUGCUGAAGCGUCUGCAGGACGUCGUGUCCGAGCGUCAGAGUCACUGAUCGUUACCAAACCAAACAGUCUAAACAGCUGACGGUUUGCGUUUUGCCUUUUUUUUUUCUUCUGCUGGUUCUGGUUAAUCUUCGCAUUUUCAGCUUAGGAUCAGAGAAACCAGCGUGAUUCAUUCAUUUUUAUUUUAUCCAGACACUUCCAGCGUCACACCCCAACACUUUCUGACCCUUCCCUUUAGUGGCAGGGACUCUCUCUGCUCAGUUUACCUGUUACAGUUUGAGGAAACUGUUGAACCUCCAGACGUGAAUAAUACAGAACGGUAGAACAGUUCCUCUUGUUGUCUCAACCCAAAGAAAAACCUCCUAAGUGCUCUUGCUAGCAAGCUAGCUAGGAAAGCUAAUUGAGAAGUAAUUAAAUGCUGCCAACUCCUUUUUCACAUCAGGGAAAAACCCAACAGCGUGACUGCCAACAUACUAAUAUAGUAUGUUUUGAUGAUUUAUGCCUAAUAGUGCAACAAAAUCAUGGCUUCAGCCAAUUCAAUAUGGCAACAAAAGGUACCGGUUAAACCGGUCUGCUGUUUGGAAGCACAGGGUUGUGUCAUUAAGUUUUGGAUUUAUUAAAAGAGGAGAAGCUUUUUCUUGGUUAAUUAAAUUUUAAAACCAGACACCAACGAAGCCUCUGAAAUGAGUUGUGUUUAACAUUCACUCUGUGUAAAGCUGUCGUGUAUUGGGAGCCACUCGACCAGCAGUUAUCAAUCUUUGUUCGUUCUGGGCAUCAUGACAGCAGAUGACGUAGCAGAUAAUUCAGUGUCUGUGCAGUGAAUACGUUUCACUCUGCAGGAAUUAAUUUCCUCUAACAGACUCCAUCUUUAACCAUCUCUGACCGACUUAAAGUUCAACAUUUAUCUUUCAGAAAGAACAUCCUCCUGACCUCAAAUAAAAUAAUAUUCCACCAAUUUCCAGAAAAAAAAAACAGUUUAUUUGAGUCAAAAGAGUUUAUAUUUUGUUACAGUCUGACAGUGAAUUUGAAAACACUCGACGCUGUUUUCAGUCAGGCAACCUUCAGACUUUCAUUUUCAAUGUUUCUUGUCAUUUCAGUGAAGUGGAAUCAAAGAAGUGUUUUCAUGGUUUGAUCUGCCGACCUGUCAGAGUUGGUACCUUGUUUUAUGUGUCUACAAAAUAAAUUACCGUAUUUAAAUUUUAAGUAGUGAAAAGAAGAAAGUGUGUUCAGUGUUUAAAAGAGUUGAAGCUGCUUGUUCAUUGUUUCCUCUAACACGUCUUCCACUAGUGUCUUUGUUUGGUUACUUUCUGUGGAUGCAUUCAGAUCAGUUUUACUUUGUUUUAAUAUUGUCUUUUGGGUUGUAUAUUGUUGUAAUAAUGGGCUUCAUGCUAACACAAUGCAGCAGCAUUUGUAUCUGUGUGUGUAGUAUCUACACAACCUUUUAUUGACCUUAACAUUUUACUGAAACUGUCAUUACUUUUUGUUUUAAAAUUACAUUUUUUUCUUUAUUUGUAAAGAAUUGAGAGUCAGAAACAAGUAGUUGUAAAAUAUUUCUGUGAGAACCUGAAAACAUAAUAAUGAAAGGGUCUUUACUUUUCUGAACUCUCCAGUUGACGUCAUGUUUGUGUUUUCUACAAGUUUUGUACAAUAAACAAUAACUUGUUUCACAAA